CGUUGGACACUGAAUAACGCAUAGAUAGACCGACUAUUUUCUGUCAAUAUUGCGGACAAUUUUUAUAUACGACGGUCAUAAGGCCAAAAAGCUGGAUUUUAACACUCAAGAGGGAAGUUGUCGUGUCUCAUCGCUUAAGCUGCUCUGAGCCUUUGUACUAAUUUACAGGCAUAUACAGCAAUCUUCAAAAACUCGGCAUAUCUAUUGCGGUACAUCAGUACGUUCAGGUAGUAAGGAAAUCACACGCUUAUGUUUGGGGUGUCCUGCGACCAUAUUAGACGCGGUGGUUGCCAUUGCUGCUGUAAUAUAUUCCCAGCGAAAAUCUAGGUUAAAAUUUUAUAGUAUAAUAUAAAGGUGUCUUACUUUAUUGUAAACUACGUGACAUCAAGCCACAUUGUAUACUCUCAUCCAAGACCUAUUGGUGAUAGCAUAAGGAGGAGGCCACUUUGAGUCCCUGAUCUCUGUAAAUGUUGAUGUUGUUUCAAUCUGGAACUAAUAUGUUUUCAACAUGUUAACCUAGUGUCUAAUAUAGGAUCGUUCUAUGUUCGACGGGGGCAUCAAUGGGAUCCGCUGAACAUUGUACUGUAUCGGCACUCCUGCCGGCACAUAGCGGGCGGUCAUUGUCUGACAUAGAUAGUGAACUGUUCUGUUUAAAUGGUGCCAAGAAUCUCCAUGCCGACUCGAGCAUGAGCACGUGCACAAGCGUCAUAAAUUCAUCCGUAAGAGAUGUUGACGAACUUUAUGCAAUGCCUAGUCCAGACGAUUGCUACAACUGCAAUUACGGUAGAGAAGAGGAUAUUUCUGGGUUCCCAACAGUAUGGACAAAGCAUAGAGAUUAUCGGAAUGGAAGAACACGUAAACGCAAAAACAAGGUAGGAUCUGUCCGACGUUCACACUCAAUUGAGGACAUUAACAAUUUUAGAACGCAAAGUUUCACUCGCAAGGCAAAUUUGGGUACAUCUACUGGCGAUGUGCCAUUAAGCCAUUUCACACUAAAAAGACCAAUUAACUUCGAGUGCCCACUACAACACAAGGGUACCGACUACAGUGAUAUCACGCAACCUGACGACGUUGAAUUUGUAGUCAACGAGCAGAGCCCAACUUGUUAUGAUGGGUCGUCGGACGACAGUUAUUACAAAUGUGGCGGAUGCAACGACUGCUUCAGGGGCCAUAUAUACGCCAACUCGAACCAGUGUUCUACAACUGAUUCGACAGAUAGCAGUUCUAGAGUGACCGAUAAGUCAAAAACAAAAUAUGUAGAUUCACAGUAUCAAUGGAACAGAGAGAGGGCUACCUAUGUUAUAGAUCAUAACAUUUCUCAAAGCCCAUCAGAACUACCAGGAAGUUCGCUAUCGCUAAACAGCUGGGGAAGUGCUGAUUUGUGUGAUACUGCAACCACCCGUUACGAUGAAGAGUUCCCUAGUUUACCGGGUCAACAAUCGAUCAAAUACACAAAAGACGGGAGUGAUAAAACAGCAGUCAAUGAAUGGAUCAUAAGACAAGGAGCAUCUCACAAAGCUGAAAGUGUAAGAGAUAUUGGUGAAUUAGAUCUACCAAUAUAUGUAAAAAAUGAGGCUACAUUAGCAUCAAGGCAGGAUAUAAUACAAGAUAAUACUCAAAUUGAAAUGUACAAUGAUGGUUCUAUUACAGAGGCAUUUGUAAAACAACUUAUAUUUAACAAACGUCUGCCGAAAAAUGGCACGACACAUGAAUAUAAACAUAGCGCAAAUGUGGAUAUGGACUCAGUUCUGGAAACAGUCACCGCCGCAUUGCUGACAACGGAGUAUAAACUCAAUAGACUGGUUGAUCGCAUCACACCAUCGAUGACCUGUAAAUCUAAUAAAACGCAGAUUUUCAAUGUACUCAAACGAUUCCUCAAGUACAACCUAGGAGAUGAUAUUGAAGUGUUCCUGACGGGAUCAACUGCUUAUGAUAUUGAUAUUGAUUACAGCAACCUACUGGGAAUACAGGCCUAUAGCGAUAUGGAUAUAGAGGUCAUAGCCCCAAGAUAUGGAUGUAGCGCAAGAACCAUAUUACGCAAUGUUUAUAAUGGAUUAUGUGAAAUGCAAGUAGUAUUGAAAAGAGCCAACAUGCUCUCAAACUGUCCAUUUGCCUCAUCGUCAUUUAAAUUAGUGGACACCGCAAGAGUGCCCAUAGUAAUCAUGCAAUCCAGGAAUGGUAUACAGUGUGAUAUAUCGGCAAAUGCAUCUAAUGCAAUAAAACAUAACGACUGUUUUGGAAAAUAUAUAGAGAGACAUCCCAUGCUACGCAAGUUGAUGAGGCUUGCAAAGCAUUGGCUCAAGUUCAGAGGAAUACCAACAAUGAAAGAAGGAGGGUUCCCAACGAUCUUCUGGAUGAUGUUGUUUUGCGAUAUCGUAGAUACAUGUAGCACCAUCAAGGCGGAACACCAGGAUGUAUCACAAAAUAUCCUAGAUUCACACAGAGUCAUGAUGGAUGACAACGGUAGCGGACCCGGAGAUUUCACCAUCCUGGGAGCUUUGGAACAGAGUUUCAAGAUCUUGGCGAAGAGAAACUAUUUGAUAGAUAUCGUAAAUUUAGCAACGUCCGGACUACGCAAUAGAUAUGGAUAUAGGCUUGAACGACAGUCACAAUGGCAUAUGGGCGAUAUAGGUAUGAAUUUGAUCUCAUUGAUUGAAAUGGAACCUAGUGUACCAUUUGCCACCUGGGUUGUAUACUACUUUGAAAUUAAACGCGCAGCGGAUUGUCUAACACGAUAUAGGCAACACUUGAAAAUGUUGCUGUCCAUUGUCGUUUGCCUUAGGGCACAUGUAAUACUCCAAGAAAACAAACAAAUGGAUGUUAUGGAUGAUAUUCGAGUUUUAAUUAAAAAUGUAGAAGAACGAUUUGGCCACAAUAUGCAACACCUCUUGUCAGUGAAUACUCCCAUUGAGCAGAACAUUGAGCAAACCGUACAGAGAGUGGCAAAUGCCUUGUCAAUCAAAUUUGAUUGCAAACACAUGGCAAAAUUCCUUAAAAUGCUAUCAAAUUACAUUAUACAGAAGAUGGCUACAAGUUCAAUGUCUAUAUUCCGCGAAGCUUACGAUAAGGUAUACUCAAUCCCUGCGUCGAUUGAGCCACCAACGCCGCUGAUCAUGCAACAUGAUAGAGGCGGGUUUUACAGCGGACCUCCGAUACCUAGGUUCCAUGGAGCAAUGUGGAGAGACAAUGGGUGGUUCAUGGUAGCAAUAGACGGGGCCCUACAUAUAGUCAAGGCGUUAAAGACGUGCGUCUGUUGGGACUCUUGGUGGUCCACGAAGUUCAUCAACAGAAGAGACACAAAGUCAAUUAUACACGGGUUCAUAUUCAAACGCAUUGAUUUGUAUGUGGACGAUCUUGAUGAUGUGGAGGAAGUGGAGAUCCCAGAGCCUCAACUUCCGAACCUUCUAGUCAGGGUCAGCGGAGUUGUUUUGUUCAGACCCUGUGACAUCGUCUCCCGACUUUAUGUAAUGAAGGUAACGAAGGAAGAAAUCAACAUCAGCCCAUAUUGCUAUAGCAAUGACAUCUUUACCGGUGCUAAAACGUUGUACGUCUUGCCGGGGUACGAAGUGGCCCGCUUUGAUCAAAUGGACGACGUAACGCGAGAUCUUGUGCAACAAUGCGGUAUGCUCUCUUCAGCAAGAGCCAACUUACCGAGGCAUUGCUCACACUGUGGUACCAUUCGGCUAAACAUACCCUCAGUGCCAAAAGAUAUCAAGUUUUCACCACGACAAAUAAAGAACUUGCGCACGUUAUUAUGCAGUGCGCAAUACCGUGAAUACUACCGCUGUCUAAAAGCGAGUCUGCGCAGGAUUGAACGUAACGUACGUCAACAAACUAUAUAAACACGUUCACAUAUUAUAGCUACUCUACAAGCCCAAUAGUAACAUUUUACAGUAUGAUUUAAUUGUACUAAUAUGU